AUCAGUAGUCCCUAUCCUUCCCAAUCAUCAUCCCCGCCCGUCUAUCGUGAUCAGCCAUGGGCCGAUGGCCCAUGCCAUGGACGCCGCCGCCUCAUCCCAGCCCAUCAUCCUCCCAUCACAUCCCGUCGCACCCCGGGCUGGCGCGCUACAGUUCCUCGCUUCACCCUGUCCUCCCCUCGGCCCUUGGGCCCCUGCUGGCUGGCUGGCGGCUGGCGUGCUUUCCUGGCUGCCGCUCCUGCUGCUCCCGUGCUGCUGCUACUGCUGCAUGUGCUCCGUCCCACCCACUGGCCCCGGCCCCGGCCCCGUUCCAUCCAAGAACGGCAGGCGCGCUCUCGCCGGCCGUGCCCUCGUCCACGCCUCACGCCUCGGAACGCAUGACGGCUCUUUGACGAGCCUCUCGAGCCUAAAAUUUCACCUCCCUCUUUCCACUCUCGGCGCCUUUUUUGGGGCCCAGGCGCCAGACAAUCCUCACCCUCUGUACCGCGCCCGUCCUUCACUCCCCCACUCACUGCUCGGCAUGCUGCCGCUUCUCCAGAUGUCUGGGCCGGGAGCCUGCCGUAAUCUACACUGCCCGGCUGCCCUACAUAUCGCUGACCAUGCUCCUUGCUUCAGCCGUCAACACACCGUUUGUUGUGAUUGCCCCUUCCCUCCCCUCUCUUCUUUACUCUUCCCUUCAUUAAACCUACUUCACCCUCGCCGUUGCGUCGCUCUCACCUGAUGACCCCCAGGCCGUGCGCGUUGACAUCACUCUCUCAUCCUCACCUCCAGCUCCUGCCUGCAACCAUCACCACGACGCCCUCUUCAUGACCUCCGUCUUUUUGUCUUGCCUUGCGUUCCAUUCCUCAUGACUGCC